AUGGUGGAGAAAGAAGGUAAUGAGGGUGAAGCAGCAGCCAAGAAGGCCUACAGAGCUGCUAGGGAGGAUGGUGAACACAUGGCUGAUAGAGCUGUAGGUGAUAAAGUUUCUUCUGCCCUCAUAGACAGGGUUGAUGCUAUGCUUCAAAAGCUUGAACAGGAAAUUGAUGAAGUGGAUGAGAAAAUUGGUGAUCGUUGGCGUUUGCUUGAUAGGGAUUAUGAUGGCAAAGUUACCCCUGAGGAGGUAGCAUCUGCGGCCAUUUACCUUAAGGACACCUUGGACAAGGAGGGUGUUCAAAAACUCAUCACUAAACUUUCCAAAGAUAAAGAAGGAAAAAUCCUUGUGGAAGACAUUGUCAAACUGGCCAGUCAAACAGAAGAUGCAGAAACAGUGGAAGAUGGAAAAAUGUAG